AUGUCCGGCGCAACCUCGUUCCCCAAAGCCGCCCCGCCCCUUGUCGCCACAAAGCACGACAUCUACCCAGCCAUCGACCCAACCGCAGCCCUCGCCAACUGUGCCAACCGCCUCGCCGUCCUCAUCACGGGCGCAGGCCGCGGCGUAGGCCGCGCAGAAGCUCUCGCCUUCGCCCAGGCCGGCGCACGCAAGCUCGUCCUCACGAGCCGUAGCCAACAAGAGCUCGACGACGUCAAGCAGGCCAUCCUCGACCUCGACACCGGCACCGACCUCGUCGUCCACACGGCCGACCUCACCGACCACAAGAGCGUCGACGACCUGUUUGACGCUGCGGGCGACAUCGACGUCCUCGUCAACAACGGCGGCUACCUCGAGCCGUGCACCCCGAUCCGCUCGUCCGACCCGCAAGACUGGUGCCGCUCGAUCGACGUCAACCUCAAGGGCACCUACCUCGCCACCCGCGCCUUUCUCCGCAGCGCCGACCGCCACGGCCGCCUCGACCCGGACCGCGCCUCGAGGCCCGAACACGCCGACAAGGUCGGCCUCACCGUCAUCAACACGAGCAGCAUCGGCUCGGCGGGCACGAGGCCGGGCUUCUCGGGCUACCAGCCCGCCAAGUCGAUGAUCAACCGCUUCACCGAGUUCCUCCACUUUGAGGAACCCCUCGUGCGCACCGGCGCCGUCAUGACCAAGCUCGCACGCGACUCGAUGCCGCCCGACACGCACGGCCUCCUCACCGACAAGCCCGAGCUCGCGGGAGGGUUCGCCGUCUGGCUCGCGACGCAGACCGAGGCCGACUUCCUGCGCGGGCGCUACGUGAGCGCCAACUGGGACGUCACCGCGCUCGUCAAAAAGGCGCCCGACGUCGUCGAGCGCGACUUGCUGUGGACGCGUGUUGUUGGACAGGAGCAGGUCAUGCCGCGAGCUUCCCAGGUCCACCUGUACUAGCCGGGCACGUCGCUCUGUAGACGGAGCGGCAGAUAGAGUCUCGCAAUAGCAGUACCCGCAGUUUGUCUCUCU